UCUCGACUUUCUGUCAACCUUCCACACGAAGAAACCCACAAACUCAUAUCAAGAGAGGGUUUUUGAGUUAUCGUUUGUGAGCUUUAACAAUGGAGAAAGUACUACAAGUUGGCGUUCAAGUGAGGGAAGCGCUGACGGUUCCACCAACAAGUGAUGGGAUUCCUACUAAGAAGCUGGCCCAUUUUCUCAAACCGACCAUGAAAUCUUCUACAGAUGUGGUCUUUGAGCUUCCUUCACAUUGUCUUGACCAUUUACCGCCCGCUUCUGAGCCCAAAAAUUGGCCUUUGAAAGUGGCAUAUCAUGGAUGGAGGUUCCCACAAAUGAAUUGGAGAAGAUGGGUUGAAAAGAUGGUUUCUUUGUAUGAAUGCGCAUGGGAGAAAGUUGGCAUACGAGAAGCCAUUUUGAAUUCUGUCUAUCAAAUUAAGAGAAAUGAUAAUCUGAUUCUUGGUCUUGCUGAGAGAUGGUGUCCAGCAACUAAAAGUUUCAUUUUUUCUUGGGGUGAAGCUACAAUUACUCUAGAAGAUAUGAUGAUUGCAGGGUACUCUGUGUUGGGGUCCCCUGUAUUUUGCCCUGUUGAAGAGGAUGAGUUGAAGCAGUUGGAAAAGAAAUUGAGUGAAGCAGACAUGGAACUCAAAAGGAGUAAAAGCGGGAAGGCACAUCAUUGCUUAUGGAUGAAGAAAUUCAUGGAUAGUGGGAGCGAAAUUGAACACGAAGCUUUUCUUGCCUUGUGGUUGUCAAGGUUUGUACUUAGCCCAAGUGAUGUAAUUGUCAAAUCUGUAUUUCCUAUUGUGGUGCAUUUAGCUAGAGGGACUAGAAUUGCCCUUGCACCUGCUGUUCUUGCCAGCAUUUACAAUGAUUUGAGUUCAUUGAAAGAAAAGAUUGUUGCUUUAACUAAGUUAGACAAUUGGGGAGAUGAAGUUAAUGAAUUAGCUAUUGCUAUACGUUCACCAUUUCAGUUGGUCCAAAUUUGGGCUUGGGAAAGGUUUUCGCACUUGAGGCCAGAUCCUAAUUUGAUCAAAACUGGUGAACCUAGAUUUGCCCGUUGGCAUUCACAAAAUAUUAUUGUUGAGAAUGUGAGGAAAGUAAUAAAUUCAUCAAAAGACGAUUUCGAUUGGCGUCCCUAUGUAAAACCUGUUAAAAAUUGGAAAUUUCCCAAGUUCUAUGGAGAAAAAGAAAUGUGGAUUUCGGUUAAUCCUAAUUUGUCUGAAGAACUACUGUCAUUUGCUCAUUGCUUGAGGGUUUCUGAGCUAGUUGGCCUUAAAUGUAUAGAGCAAUACCUUCCGCAUCGUGUUGCGAUGCAAUUUGGAAUGGACCAAGAUCUUCCAGUUCACGUUGCCCGAAUUAAUGAGACUGCAUAUGUUGCAUGGAGUUAUUACAGUCAGCCAAUUUGUUAUGCUUUGUAUAUUCCAUGCCGGCUGAAUGAGGGUGAUGUAACUAGCCGAUACUCAGAGUGGUGGAAACAAUCAAUUUCAGGUCUGCAAGGUGCCAGUGAGCGUAGCUUCAUUGGUACUAAGAAGAUCAUGGAGACCGCAAAAGGAAAGAAAGAAGCUGGUACUUCAUCAAGCAUUAAGACAAAGCCGGUAACAAAUGCAAAAAACUUUAUCAAAAGGUUCAAAAUAACACAAAGGAGGUUUGAUGGACUGAAUAAAAUGGAUGGUGCCUCUGCUCAUUCUAGUUCUUCACUGAAGAGUUUGUGGAAGGGCAAUGAUUCCUUGGUUCCUCCGGGUUUUCCUCCGAAAUCUGAUGUGGCAGCAACAAGGGAUAUAGUGGAGGAAUAUGAUAUGACUGUUGCAGAUUUUUCAAAACACAGUAAAAAGCAUGAUAAUGGGAAGAAUAAACAGGUUCCAGCCGUUGAACAUUUGUCAAGUAAAUCUAAAAAAUUUUCCUCGUCAACCACAGGUGAUGAGGCUCUUAAAAGGAUUGAUCCACAGACAGAAUUGGCAGAAGAAAUUUUGCAGGAUGAACCUGAUAUUGCAACUGAUAGUAAAGCAAGGGAUCAAGAUCAUAUUCAUGAUGGGUUGUGGAUACAGGAUGGCGAAGAACAUCACAGUGAAAAUACAAUGAAGAUACUGGAAUUACAAUUUGAAGAACGGGUCAGUAAGCUUGAGAGGAUCUUUGCGCUGCUGAAAGCUGAAAGACUUUCUCAUGGAUAACCUUUUUUGACCCAUUAGUAUCACAGUGAAUUGCAAGAUUAGCAUGAUAUGCUAUGUCAGCUUCAUUUGUACAAAAUCUUAAUAUUUUGUUGAAAUAAGUAGAUUGAUGUCAGAUCAGAGCAAUGUUUCUCUAUCCUUUAAAAGUUACUAUUUGGGGAUUUAACAGAAA